AUGCCUGCCCAAAGAACACAAUCAGAUAAAACUUUGACAGACAGGAACACCAUAUACCUGCAACCCGCUGUCAGACCAUCCAAGUUCUUCAAGUCUGUGCAGCGCAGUGGUUCACCGAAUGAAGCUGUCGAAAUGGAGCCGAAAGGCUUGCAGUUUGAACCCGAGGACACACAGGCUGACUGUUCUGAGCCGAAGGAAACGAUACCCUAUCCAAUUAGCGCUUCAAAGAGGAAUUCGUACAAGACGAAGACCGGAAAGAAAUUGACCGCACAUCUAUGGGCAGUCUACGACUUUACACUGACCAUCCCAAAAGGGACUGUCACAACGUACAAAGACGUAUCACUCGCAGUCGGUGGCUCGCCUCGCUCGGUCGGUAAUGCUCUAAGAAACAAUCCUUUCGCUCCAUACGUUCCAUGUCACCGCGUUAUCGCGUCGAAUCUCUUCAUAGGCGGUUUCUUCGGAGAGUGGGGCAAGGAGCAUAAGACGGGUACACGGUGUAACCAGAAGAUUGAGAUGCUUGCCAGUGAAGGGGUCAAGUUCGACGACAAGGGCAAUUUGCUCAACGCAAGUAAAAACCUUUGGAAACCCGUGGAGAAGGCCUAA